AUGACUUUCAAGCGUAGGAAUGGAGGACGUAACAAGCAUGGCCGUGGCCACGUGAAAUUCAUCCGAUGCUCCAACUGUGGAAAAUGCUGUCCCAAGGAUAAGUCAAUCAAGAGAUUUCUUGUGAGGAACAUUGUUGAACAGGCUGCUGUUAGAGAUGUUCAGGAAGCUUGUGUCUAUGACCAAUACACUCUUCCUAAGCUGUAUGUGAAGAUGCAGUACUGUGUUUCAUGUGCUAUUCAUUCUCAUGUUGUGAGGGUUAGAUCUCGCACUGAUAGGAGGAAGCGUGACCCUCCUCAGCGUUUCAUCAGGCGCAGGGAUGAUGCACCAAGGCCUGGUCAGCCUGGUCAAGCGCCUCGCCCUGCCGUAGCCGGAGGAGCUCCUGUCCGCACUUAA